AUGGGAAAGAAGCCGAAGGAGAAGGCCAAGGCCAAGGCCGCGGCCACCCCCGAGCCAGUCGAGGCUGAGCCCUGGAUCUGCCCCAAUUGCGAGCAGGAGAACCCAGCGGAAGAAGCGACGUGUGUGGCCUGUGAGGCGCCCCGGCCCGCAGUGGUGGACCCGAAGUUCGAGGGCUACGUCGUGGGCCUGGUGCAGACCUGCGAGCCCGUUCCUGGCAAGGACAAGUUGAAGAAGCUGGAGGUCGAUGUUGGGGACUCGGCGCCGUUGAGGAUCGUGACAAAUGCGUCCAACGUCAAGGACGGCUUGAGGGUGGUAGUUGCCAAAGUUGGCGCCAUCGUUGGCGGCGAGCCGCUGGCGAAAGCAACAGUGGGCGGUUGCCCGUCCGAAGGGAUGCUGUGCGACUCUGCGAUGCUGGGAUGGUCUGGCGGCGGCGCGGGCGCAGCAGCACUGCUUCCGGACAGCUUUGCGGUAGGGGGGCCACCACCAGACGCACGUCCCCGGACGGAUGGCAAGUGA